GCCUGCAGCACAGUAGUAGCAGCAGCAGCUAGUAGUCUUGGGACAGUUGUAGUCCAAGUAGCUUUCCAGAGAGUUGUGAUGGUUUUAAAUCUUUCACUAUGUCUGAAAUGCUGCUGAAAGAUAUGGAAGAGAUUUCUCUCGGGCCUGUUAAAAUGGACGAGCAGAAGGAAAAUGGACGGAGUUUUCUCCUGGUGGACGAAAACGAAAGCUUGCAGGUGAAGAACGAAGCAGAGUUUUUGCAGAAGUUGGGCUGCAGUGCUGCUCAAGGAGUCAAAGUGCUUUCUAUCUUUGGUAACACGGGCGACGGCAAGUCCCACACUCUCAAUCACGUGCUUUUCAGUGGUGAGGAGGUCUUCGCCACGUCUCCUUCUCCGUCCUCAUGCACGGUGGGCGUAUGGGCCGCUUACGAGCCGUGCCUGAACCUGAUCGUGCUGGACACGGAGGGCCUGCUCGGGGCCGCCAGUCAGCAGAACCGCCGGAUGCGCCUGCUGCUGAAGGUUCUGGCCGUAUCAGACGUGGCCAUCUACCGCACGCGGGCCGAGAGGCUGCACAAUGACAUGUUCCAGUUCCUCGGCAGCGCGUCGGCCGCUUACCUGAAGCACUUCACACCUGAGCUCCGCGCUCUGUCUAGCCGCUGUGGGCUGGACGUGCCUCUCUCCAGCCUGGGACCUGCUGUUAUAGUUUUCCAGGAAACUUUUCGUACUCAGCUGCUAGGCCAGGAUGGCUCUGUCCUGGGGCAAGCAGACACACUUCUGCAAAAGCGCUUCCAUGACUUGGGCCAGAGCACAGACGCCUUCAGCUCUGUUCAGUACGUGGGCACCCAAACCAUCACUCCCCCCACAGACUACUCACAGUUACUGCAGAUUGUCAAUCAGCAGGUGAACAACACAUCCCAGCGAGCCCCGCGCCAGCCUGCCAUUGUGUUCAGUGCAUUGCAGGCCUUGAGCAACAGAUUCUGUGGCGAGAUCUCAGAUGACAAAAUCAGCAUAUGCUCCUUUUUUCCUGAUGAAUAUUUCACUUGCCCAUCAGUCUGUCUCAGCUGCAAUGUUCGGUGUAAGAAUGGCAUGAACCACCAGAAAGACGGGGUCUCACACAUGGCCGAUGGAUUAUGCCAGUAUGCCCACCAAUACAACAAUAAAGUUCUCAUUUGUAAGAGGUGCUAUGAGAGCGGAAGAGAAGUGAUGGUCAUACCGAAAACAUCUGCCUCCUCAGAUAACCAGUGGCUUGGUUUGGCCAAGUAUGCAUGGUCAGGCUAUGUUUUAGAGUGUGCCAGCUGUGGCAUCAUCUACCGCAGUAGACAGUACUGGAUGGGCAACCAGGAUCCAGAGAGCAGUGUGGUGCGGCCAGAGGUCAAGCAUGUCUGGCAGAGGACCGAUGCCUUCCAGACAGACCAUCAGAAUGCAGCUCAGCGGGUUUUGGAUGGAAUGAAUUACAUAAUCCAAUCAGUGACAGAAUACAGCUCAGGCCCAACUAAAGUCGUCACUGCCUGGCUCACAGACCAGGUGGCUCCACCCUACUGGAAACCCAACUCUGAAAUCAUUGAAUGUCAUGGUUGUAAAAGAGCGUUUGAGGAGGCGGAGAGGAAACACCACUGUCGGGCAUGUGGGGAGGGUUUCUGUCAGGCCUGCUCCACUCACAGCAUGCCAGUGCCCGAGAGGGGCUGGGGUGGCAACCCUGUACGAGUGUGUGAUGCCUGUUACCGGCAGGGAGCACCCCAGCACACUGGACAGGUGUGGGAUGCUGACUGGUUUGCUGAGCUGAGACAUUACAUUCUCUCAGGGUUGUGGAUGCUGCUGAUUCACCAAGACCACCGCGGCUCAGCAAAGAGACGCGCUCGUGUGUCUCUGGAUAUGGUCUCCACCGCAGUGGACUACCCCCUAUGUUUCGUAAAGGGAGUUGCAAGACCAGACUAUUGGAUCCCAGACCAUGAGAUCACCCAGUGCCACAGCUGUACUAAACCCUUCACCCCCAGCAUGUCCAAGCACCACUGCCGGGCAUGCGGUCAGGGAGUGUGCGGGAACUGCUCGAUGAAGACCAGGCCAGUGCCCUCUCGUGGCUGGGACCACCCUGUGCGAGUGUGUGAUGGCUGUGCUGACAGCAGGGAUUCCCUGUGACCUUGCUGUGCCUCUGUAGUGCCGCUCUAAUACAGCUUGGUGCUCAGAUGCAGGUUGUAGGCAGUUUUCAUCCUUAGCCAGUGUAAUCGGGGCUGGGAGGAAGACGAAACCCACUGCAGUUGCAUAGACAAACACUCAGGCUCUUCAAAGCAUUAAAGAGUGAUGAUAUCUGGGUUAUAUUUCAUCUCAAAAUCAAAAGAGAAAAAUGCUAAAUGAUAUGUUGC